UGCAGAAUCAAGAUGCAGGUCUCUCGGACUAAUGAUGUUAAGAUUUAUAAUUUGUCCGCGGGGAAAACUUUACCAGAAUGGAUUUCAGAACGAAAACGUAGACAGCUCGUUAAGCAGGAUAUUGAUAUCAGAAAACGAAUUGAACUAAUACAAGAUUUUGAUAUGCCGGCUUUAAGUGACGUCAUCCGAGUUUCAAAAGACGGACAGUAUUUAUUAUCCACAGGAAUAUACAAGCCGAGAGUAAAAUGUUAUGAUCUCAACAAUCUCGGAAUAAAGUUCGAACGUUGCUUGGACGCCGAGGUCGUAACAUUCGAGAUAUUAUCCGACGAUUAUUCUAAGGUUGUUUUCCUACAAUGUGAUCGAUAUGUUGAACUUCAUACACAACAAGGCAGAUAUUACAGACUUAGAAUACCCAAGUAUGGUCGGGAUAUGGCAUACCAUCCUACCUCAUGCGACCUUUACUUUGCAGCUGCCGGAAACGAGAUUUACAGGCUUAAUCUGGAACAGGGAAGGUUCCUAAACUCCCUUGAGACUGAAGCUAGUUCUAUGAACUGUAUCAAGAUCAACCCGGAGAAUGGUUUAGUCUGUGCAGGCUCUAGUGCAGGCAGAAUAGAAGCAUGGGACCCAAGGGAUGGAUUGAAUCUGGGUGUAGGAACGAGUACUGGUCAGGUUCUCCUGUAUGAUCUGAGAUCUAAUAAACCCUUGAGAACCAAGGAUCAUAUGUACGGAUUACCAAUCAAGAAAAUAGAGUUCCACAAGGAACAUGGGAACGAUUAUGUACUCUCUAUGGAUGCACAGACGGUAAAGAUCUGGGACCGAGGGACUGGGAAAGCAUAUACAUCUAUAGAAGCCACAGCAGAUUUUAAUGAUCUCUGUUUAUAUAAACAAUCUGGAAUAUUGUUCCUUGCAAACGAACAGCCUAAAAUGCAGGUGUUCUAUAUACCGAGCCUGGGACCUGCUCCACGCUGGGCUUCCUUCCUUGACAGUAUAACAGAGGAACUAGAGGAGAGCAGAACAGCAACUACUUACGAUGAUUACAAAUUUAUCACGAAGGAGGAACUGUAUGAUAUUGGGUUGGAUCAUCUGAUUGGAUCUGCCUUGUUGAGAGCUCAUAUGCACGGAUUCUACAUGGAUAUAAGAUUGUACAGGAAGGCUGUGUCUGCCAAGGCUCCGAGUAGAAUGGAAACUCUUAAGAAAGAUUUUAUCAAAGGAGAGAUCGAUAAAACAAGAGCAAAGCGAGUACAGGUUGAAUCCAACUUACCGUCUGUCAACAAGGAUCUUUUCCUUAAACUUAAAUCUGAGAAGAUGGAUGAGAAGAAGAAGAAGAAGAGAAGGAAGGAAGAAGACGGAGAUAUUCUUCAAGAUUCAAGAUUUUCUAGUUUAUUCACAGACAAGAACUUUGAGGUUGAUACUACGGAGGAGACCUAUAGGCUGAUUAACCCAGUCGUAGCAAAGCUGGACAAGAGUAAAGCCUCUGACCUGGAGAAACGAAUCCUGGCGCAACAGGACGAGGAGUCCGACCUUGAACAGAACAGCGAGGAUGAAGAUAUGGCCGAAUCCGAGUCUGAAUCGUCCGACGAUGAUCAGGAGUGGACGAAACAGAUCAAGAAAGAGCACAAGACGAUCCAGGCGGAGAAGAGGAUGGAGCAGAGGAUGGUGAGGGAGGUGAAGCAGGCGGAGAAGCUGUCAAGGAUCUCCAGGGUGGAACAUAAGUUUUCCGAACUAAGUCAGGAGGAGGACCAGAAGAAGAAGAAAAGAUCUAAACUAAGUUUAGAGGAAAGAUUAACUACUGAGACAGAGAAUACAGGGAUAUUACAAACUACAGAGACAGGACACACUUAUACUUUCAACUUGGAUAAACCUAAGUUGAGUGCCCGACGUGAGGAGGAGCAGAAGAAGCACCUGGAGGAGAGGAAGGAGGUUAGAAGAUCAGCUAAACAUCUGAAAAAGGAUAAACUGCCUCCGAGAUUCUGGAUGGGGAAAAGGGUUAAAUAAAUUUUUAUUUUUUAAUUUUGAAUAAAAUUAACGUAUUGAAA